GUGGCGCGACCCGCGAGGGGAGGAUGCGGCACCCGCAGGUGGGGGGAGGUGACCGAGCGCGCGGCGGUGCAGUCGCGGGAGGGACUGGGCAGAAUUAGAAGCGGCGCCGGGUGGAGGAGGGGCCAGGAGUGGACUCGCCUUGCAGGUGGGAGGAAGGACGGCUGGACGCGGCUGCGGCUUGUUGGCUGGCUCCUCCCCACCCGCACGCGGCUGCUCCUGUGUUCUUAAGCAGGGGCAAAUAGAUAUUUACAAGUCUGAGUGAGAAACAAGAACUGCGAUUUGGUGCUUGAUCAAGGAGAUCUUAAAUGACAAGGCUCAAAUUCAAGCCAUCGGAUGACUCAUGCAACUGGCACAUCCUGUUGAAAAAAGUGUGAUAACGUAAAGAUAGCUAGAGAUAUGGGCUGUAAAUGACUGAAGAUCUAACAGACAAUGGGCCAUUUGUACCCUGAUGGCAUUUUGUCCAUGGAGAGAUGUUGCCUGCUAUGGCAUCCGAAACCGAAAAGGCCCAUGCUCUUCUCCAAUCUUUCAGCACAGCUUCCAUUAUUUCAAGCCUAGGAUUGGGAAUUUUCUGCUUUGUGGCAGAUAGACUUCUACAGUUUUCUCUUAUUCAACAAAAUGACUGGCUGCGGGUACUCUCUGAUAACACUGUACAUGGUGUUAUAGGAUUGUGGUCUUGGGCAAUAGUGAUUGGACUCAAGAAGAAAAGUGACUUUUCCGAAAUCAUUUUAGCUGGUUUCCUCUCAUCUGUCAUUGAUGUGGACCACUUUGUUCUAGCUGGCUCAUUUUCAUUAAAGGCAGCCCUGACACUUCCACGAAGACCAUUUCUUCACUGUUCUACUGUGAUCCCUGUUGUGUGCCUGACACUAAAGUUUAUUAUGCACCUUUUCAAGCUGAAGGAUUCCUGGUGCUUUCUUCCCUGGAUGCUGUUUAUCUCCUGGGCGUCACAUCACAUUCGAGAUGGGGUUCGUCAUGGCCUGUGGAUCUGCCCCUUUGGAAAGACUGCUCCCCUGCCUUACUGGCUGUAUGUGGCAAUCACAGCAUCUUUACCUCAUCUCUGUUCCUUUAUUAUGUAUUUAACAGGAACCAGAGAACUGAUGUCUAGAAAACAUGGGAUUCAUAUUGAUGUCUAAGGGUAUUUUAGAUAGCUGUAUUUGCAUCACUGAAAUAAUUCCCUCAUGGUUUCUGAGUUACGUCUAACGUGAAACCACACAGCUUAUUAUAGCUGCAAUAUUGAUUCUCUGAAGCCACUGCUGCACAAAGUAAUGUGAAUGGGUAAUAUUCAAGCUAUCGUUUGUGGCAUCUUUAGCAUCUCCUGUAGGGUUUUUUGGUGCAUUCCAAUACUGGUUACAUGUAUUGUAAGAACCUGUUAGCAGCUGCUGUUUCCAUCCAUGUUCCUCCCUCUGCCAGUCCAUGUGGCUGCAUCAACCCCAUGCGCUUCAAUUUAGGUUUCAGGAGACCUUCAGCUGCUUCUUUCCCCAGCACUAUGAGCCUUUCUAUGGAUUCAGCAUUAUUCUGAGGCUGCGAAGGGAGAACAAUAUUUUAUUUUGUUUCCUUUCCAGCCACUGCAUAAUCUCUGCAAAGAAAUAAUCAUAGCAUCAGGGACAGAUGGGGCUACAGGAGGGGAGGGCCACAAUUUCUCCUCCUGGGAAGCAGAAGGAACGGCAUGGGCAAUUUUAUCCACCUUUGCAAGAUGAAUAUACACUGGGGGUAAAGUGCAGUGUGGAAGGCAGCCUUGUGUGCCAGUGAAACUGCUAGAUAUUUAUUAGUGAAUCAGAGUUUUCUUCUUGCUUCUGUCUCCUCUGCAGUAGAGCCUUGAUCAUAGUUCCUUUCCGCUAUGAAUACGUGUAUCUUCUGAGCCUAGUCCUCCUCCUGUUGUCAUGUGUACAGCACUUUGAAGAUGUGAAGUACCAUGUUGGGGCUUCAGAUCAGUAAAAAAACAAAAACAAUGCUGCAUAUUGCUGUGAGAAACCCAACUUUGUUCUUGCACUUUAUAUAGAUUAAGAAUUGGCGACUGGAGGCCCCAUAGCCAAAGCUACUGCCAUAAGAAGUGAUUCUUGGUGCCUCAUUUGCCAAUCUAGAAGCAAAAGAGAUGAUGAGAAAAUAUCUUUGAAAAUAGAACAUGAUAUCAGUGUUUUAUUUGUCAGUUAAAGAUCUCACAUUUUUAGUAUUUAGAACAUGUGAAAGGUUAUCUGAUUUUUAAAAUUAAGGGACUUCAUCUUGCACCCAAUGAAAGGGAUGGAACAUAAGAACCUGUUGUGUCAGAAUCUUGUUUGUGGUACAAAAAUAAAAACAUUUGCUUUAAAGA